AUGGCUCGACUGCACCAUGGCGGUGCUAUGGCUGCCGAGGCUUGUCGCCUCAGACGUAAUGAAGACUCGAUAAUCGAGGACUUGUUUAGAAGUUUAGCAAUCGGCUCGUCGUUUUCCCCUGGCUUUUUUCCUGAGACACUAUUGAGUGGCGAGCGAGUUAGUUCCUUCUCCUCCACCGCCACCGCCGGAAUAUUCUUCUCCUCGUCCACCGCACUUCGGCCGUCGGUCUUCGGAACGCGCGCGUCCCCCGCCUGCACCGUCCGGAUGAUCUUCUUCAGCGCCUCCAGAUCCUCGUUGCACUUCUCCAGAGCCAGCAGCAGCCGCCGCCUCUUCUCCGUGACGCGAUUCUCCCCUUCCCCCUCCGCCGCCUCCGGCUUAUCUGCGGCGGCGCCGAGAUCCUCCAGCCCCAUGAGCCGCGCCACCAGCGACGGGGACGGCGGCGUCCGCGGAAUACUCUCCUGCUGCCGGCGGAUCUCCGGCGGGAGCGUGGGGCUCCGUAAAUCGAGCGAUUUCUCUUCGAUUUCGUCCUCCUUCGCCGCUGGCGGUGGCGGUUUUCUGCUUUUCGCUGGCGACGGCGGCUUCAAUUUAACCUGUUUCCGACCUGCAAUUAUCGACGCAUCAAAAAUUGAAAUCGUAACUGAAAAGUGA